UCAUUUUUCUUCGCGUCUGCAGUUUACACGCUUACUGUAAGCUCUUCGCUCUUUCCUACCAAUUUUCGGAAACCAAAACCUUACAUUCUCUGCGUUUACGAGGUUAGUUUAUCCCUUUUCAAUCAUUUUAUUCAUUUUACGUUCCUCAAUGCACUUUUUAUCAUUACAGUUUUUGGCAACAGCAUUUUUCCUCGAGUUUUCGAUCGCCUGUAUCUGGACCCCUAUUGACGUCCUUAUUCUCACGACUCUGCCGAAAACACUUUGUAAGACUCUCGUGUGGCUAGGUCUCAAUGAAGCAGGCGAAAAGGCCAUCAAAGUUCCAAUGGCUUUUUUAAGUUGUCUACUUUCCUUCGGAUUUUUUAUUCUUUCCCUACACAUCACGAAAGCUCUGGAUGUAACGCUUUUAUCUGAGUGUGGACCGAGUUACUUCUGCGAUUACGUAGGAGAUCGUUUAUGCCAGAGAGUGUUGAAUGAAUUGCCAAGAAUGAGUACGAACGUCAGGGGCAGGGGUCGUCGUAAGAAGAAGCGUAGCAGACCACGUCCUAGAAGUUCGAGCUGAGCCCUCGACGAUGCUAAUUCAGUCUUGAAACGUAAAUCGCAUUUGCGAAUAUUGAUCAACAACUGUGUGUGCGUUUUUUUUUUUUUAUUAUUUAUUUCUUUUUUAUUAAAAAGAAGGCAUUUAUUUCGUCCGAACUGAAGUAUAACGUACAAAUGGUAUAGAUAAUAGUGAUAAUAAUACAAUUAAUCGUUAAUUAAUAUCAAUUAAUUAAUCAUACAUAUGUCGAUUACAGUACUGUAGAUUGUUUAUUAAUAUGUAUAUGGUAAUUGUACUAAUGAGAUGUUCAGUGUUCAGUGGCAGCAUAUAUAUACACAUUAAGGUGAUUUGAAUUUUCUUACGUUGAUUCUUCAUCGGAUUUUCGUCCUUUUAGUAUCCUAACGUUCUCAGGCUUUCUUUCCACCUUUACAAGGAAUUCUAUGGGGCAAAACAUUA